AUGUCGGCAUCGCUGGCGCCGGAAUGCAACGGGGUCAAAGAACGGUACGAUACUUGCUUUCUUAAGUGGUAUAGCGAGAAGUACCUUCGAGGCACCGGAAAGACGGAUGAUAAUGAGUGUACGAAGCUCUUCGAGGACUAUCAGAAGUGUCUCAGCGUCGCACUGAAGGAGCGCGGCAUAGAUAAGCUGCUGAAGGAGGCCCGGGAAGACAACAAAGAGAACGAUGCCGAGCACAUGAAACGGAAAUGA